AUCUGUUUAUGUCAACCUGACUGGCAGUGGAGUGGCUGUUUUCCUCGCCUCUCACGGAUUCUCUCUCCUCCGCGUAUCUGCUUGUAGUCUUCCUUUACGCGAGAUCCUCUUCGGCUGAGCUCCUAUCGUUUAUGAAUCAAUUGUCUGCGCGAAAUCCGUUCUGACAAAACAUUUACACAUUUGAGGUGGACUGUAAAAUAUACUCCUAUAUUAGAGCGAGAGAGACCAGGCAAAGGGAAGUGUGUCCAACAUACUCGUUUCCAAAUGGAUGGGAUGAAACCAGAAACGACGGCUGAGGAGAAUCAGGAUGAAAGGGAAGAAAGCAAAGGCUGCUUCGAGUGUUGCAUCAAGUGUCUGGGCGGCGUCCCUUACGCAUCUUUGGUGGCCACCAUCUUGUGCUUUUCGGGUGUUGCUCUGUUCUGCGGCUGUGGGCAUGUGGCACUUACGGGCACUGUGACCAUGGUGGAAAACCACUUCUCUCGCGUCACCUCUGAUCAUGCAACUCUCACUGAUGUGGUUCAGAUUUUGCAGUACAUCAUCUAUGGAAUCGCCUGUUUCUUCUUCCUGUAUGGCAUCAUCCUGUUGGCUGAGGGCUUCUACACCACCAGCGCUGUCAAAGAGAUGCACAGCGAGUUCAAGACCACUGUGUGUGGACGCUGCAUCAGUGCCAUGUUUGUGUUCCUCACCUACAUUUUGGGCUUGGGAUGGCUGGGUAUCUUUGGCUUCUCUGCGGUGCCCGUUUUCCUGUUUUAUAACAUGUGGACCACAUGUGGAGCCAUGAAGUCCCCUAUUGCCAAUCUCACCUCUGUGGACAACAUCUGUGUCGAUGUGCGGCAGUAUGGAAUCAUCCCAUGGAACGCUACUCCUGGUAAAGCCUGUGGCUCCACGCUAAGCGACAUCUGCAAUACUAGUGAGUUCUAUCUGUCCUACCAUCUUUAUAUUGUUGCCUGUGCUGGAGCUGGAGCCACUGUGAUUGCACUGCUCAUCUAUGUGAUGGCCACAACGUAUAACUUUGCAGUGUUGAAGUUUAAGAGCUACGACCACAGUCACACCACUAAGUUUUGAGCUUUUUGUAUAACUGCAAAGUCUGUGAAAGUUACUCUCAGAGACAGAGACAGAAAGAUAGGGAGAGGGAGGAUCUGAGUGAGUAAAAGAGAUCAGGAAAAAGGCAAAGGAGAGAAAUAAAUUGAGAACUGUUAGUUCAUAGCAUGGGCCUUAAUGUAUAGACAGUGCAUAUUAGGUAGUGCAUAUUAAUGAUAAUGUCUAAUGUUCAAUUAAUUUGAAUCUUUGUGUCUCUAUACUAAUUUGACAAGGUGUGAUCUCUUUGCAAAACAAGGACAAUACAUCAUACUCACUUAAUGUUUUACAUAUAUUUUUACAGAGAUACCAAUUCAUAUAAAGUAUAGCACCUAUAACCAAUCCAGAAUAAUGUAGCUUAUUAACAGUUUAAAAGAAAAUGACUUUAGUAGUGAGAAUUGAACUCUCUGUUAGUCCAACAACACCUAAUGGCCAGGAUUAAAACUAGAAAAUAGUACUAUUUGGUAAUGAUGUCUCUCCAUUGGAUCAUAUCCACCCUGAGGCACCCGUAGUCCUCCAGAACCCAUCCAGAUAGAAAAGGCAAGUGAAGCACAGCAGAUGAGAAAGGCAUAGUUACUGCUGUUAUGAAAGGUAUUAAGAAUGUUGUGUUUAUGCUCAUAAACUUUUAUUCUGUGCUACAUGUUCCUGUGAAGGGUGUGACUGUACUUUUUAACUCCUUAUGAGAUGUUUUGCAGUCAUGGAAUUGACUCUAAAAAUGCCAUUUUCUUUCAGAGCCUCCUGCAUAGUUUAAUAUUAUGUUUAAUAUUGAAUUCAGACAGCAUAUAGUUUUUGCCUUUUGUAUUAUUCUCAAAGCAGUAUAGUUCCUGUUUUCAGAAAUAAUCAGAAAUAAACAAUUAUUGUGGAGAAGUUCAUUUCUCUUUAUUUAAUCGUUUUAGGGGGUUUUGUGUUUGUUUGUUUGUUUGUUUGUUUUACAUUUCUUUAGAUAUCAGUCGUUCAUCAUCUUUUAUUUACUAACUGCUAACUCAUGAAAUAACCAGAUUUCAUGUGAUGCCUGAUACACUGAAAAAUGUCAUUUAUAUAUUUUUGUAAUCGGAAAUAAUAGUUUCUGGUUUAAACCUGUUUUGUUCAGUUUGUCUAAAGUCAAGUCACCUUUAUUUAUAUAGUGCUUUUAACAAUACAGAUUGUGUCAAAGCAGCUUUACGGUAUUAAAUAGGAAAAUAGUGUGUGAUAAUAGUAAACACUUUCAGUUUUCAGUUAAAGUCAGUUCAUCGUCGAUUCAGUGAUGUCAUUGUCCAGCUCAGUUCAGUUCAGAUAGUAUCUGUGCAAUCAAGUUGAUGAUAUUGCUGGAAUCAUUAAAUACAAAAAUAAAACCAAAUAACACUUGCAUAGGACAAAAAUGAAAAAGAAACAAUUUUGUUUAAACAGUAUUUUUUGCUGGACACAAUAGUUAUGAGAUACUAUAUUUUUUAAAUGUAUAUGUAGUUCUCUUUUUUAUUUCAGUUUUUGUUUUAGCUAUUUUAUUACAUAAAGACAAACUAUACACUGUAAAAAAUAAAUAAAAAAAAGUUGAGCGAACUUAAAAAAAUAAAAUUUACCAGUUUUUUUGAGUUUUCUCAACUUAUUUUUGUGGGAGAUUCUCAAAUUUUUGUUGUAUAAACUUGUUGGCUCAACUUCUUUUUUUUUUUUUACAGUGUAUAAAAGUGCGAAAUAUUACCUUAUGGCAACUAGCUGAAGUAAAAUAUACAUCAGAUAUUUUAUGAUUUUACUUUUAGUUUACUAUAAUAACCCUGUGCAUGUGACACAUACUGACUAGCUUAAUUUUUUUUAGUAAAUAAUAGAAAAUGUAAUGCAUAUUAAAAACCACACACAAUUAUAAAAGUAUAUUAUAUUAUACCUACAUCGCGUAAUAUUUUGGCUUAUCUCUAAAGAUAUACAGUAACAGAUAUAUAAUAUUAAUAUAUAAAUAAAUAUAUAUUUCCUUAUAUAUGUCCAUUUUUUUCAGUGUAUUCCGAUCAACUAAUAUUGAUUUCUGUGUGGUGCAGCUAUAAUAACUGACUGAGAUUUAUUUACUUAAGUGAUUCUUAGAGCAACUAAUUAAUACUGUCUUAACUCGUAUAGCUGGCUUUGGCUAACUAACCCACUCAUGACUAAUCCUGCCCUCCACCUGUUUCUUCCUCUGUCUUUCUCCCUUUCUGUCACUCUUUCUCUUUUGUCUGUCUCCUCUCCUUCUCUCCCGU